AUUGAAAUUACUGCGUUUCCCGACAAUGGCCAAUCCAUCUCAGGAAUGACCAUUAAAGAGGUCGUGGAGGAAUGCAAGUUGUUCUAUCUUGCAGGGACAGAAACAACAUCAGUACUGCUCACAUGGAGAAUGAUCGUACUAAGUAUGUAUCCAGAGUGGCAAGACCAUGCAAGGGAGGAGGUUAUUAGCUUAUUUGGAAAAGAAAAACUUGAGUAUGAAGGCGUUAACCGACUCAAAACGGUGACCUUGAUUCUUUAUGAGGUACUCCGGUUGUACUCGCCUGCUGCCGCAUUCUUCCGUAAAACGUACAAGGAGAUAAAGAUUGGAGGCAUCACAUACCCCGCUGGUGUUCUCAUUGAGCUUCCCCUGUUGUUAAUGAACCAUGACCCAGAUAUAUGGGGAAGGGGUGUACAUGAGUUCAAGCUGGAGAGGUUCACCAAUGGGAUCUCCCAGGCAUCCAAGAAUCCUAGUGCAUUCCUACCGUUCAGUUGGGGGCCACGUAUCUGCAUUGCCCAACAGUUCGCCCUUCUUGAGGCUAAGAUGGCGUUUUGCACGAUCCUUCAAUGCUUUGAGUUUGAGCUCGCACCAUCAUACACUCAUGCGGUAGAUAACAUCAGGCUGAUGCGUCCAAUGCAUGGUGCACAAAUCAAGAUUAGGGCAAUUUGA